AAACACAGGGUAGCAGUGAUGAGAUACCCAAAUUGAUAUCAUGGAGAUGGAUUCACUGGAGAAUUUUGUGAACAGUGGUGGAAGCAGAGAAAAGAAAGAAGAGAAGAUGAAAUUGUUUUAUAGUCUUCCUUGAAUAUAAAGGGUUAGGAACUAAGUAUGUAACUGAUUAUAGUGCACUCUAGAACCAUCGUUUUUUGUUCUUUUCACGCAACAAUGGAGUCCUGUAGUUUUCUCCCAUGUGAAAAAGUUAGUUAGUAACAGUACUGUUGUUGGAAAUGGUGAGAUGACGGUGAUGAUGAUGGUGAGAUCAACAUUAACAAAAAAAUAAGAAAAGAGAGCGAUGCAAGUCUCAACACAUGGCAACACUAACAAAUCAAUAUUUUCUUCAACACUCUUCAAUUCUCAUCAUUAUCAAGAUGCCUUCUAAUCUCAUCGUUUUCUGCACUUUCUUUCUCACCUUAUUCUCUUUCAAAUCUCAGUCCUUUGCAGAUAACCCUUCAUGGGUGAAAGCCGGGUAUUACUAUUCCGGCAAUGAAAUUUCUGCUUCAGACAUCAAAGCCACGCUUUUCACUCACCUUUUAUGUGCUUUUGCCUUCAUAAACCCCACCACCUACAACAUCUUCAUCAACUCUUCCGAGGAGCACAAGUUCUCCACCUUCACCAACACGGUGAAGCUCCAAAACCCAUCUGUUUCAACGCUUUUAUCCAUCUGGGCUGGCAGGGAGGACUCUUUGGUCUUCACCUCAAUGCUAAAUAGAUCUUCUUACAGGAAACUUUUCAUUGAUUCUUCCAUCAGAACAGCGAGGUUCUAUGGCUUUCAUGGCAUAGACCUUACUGGGGCGGGGCCAAGUUCCGAGGUUGCCAAUUUUGGAACCCUUUUGAAGGAGUGGCGUGCUGCAAUAACUUCCGAGGCAAGAAACUCUACCAAGCCAGAGUUGUUGUUAGUGAUGGCAGGUUACUACCUUAAGGCUUCGGACUCCUUGAGUUACCCCUUCGAUUCAAUGCAGGAGAAUUUGGAUUGGGUGCAUUUUGUGGCUUAUGAUUACUAUCUCCCUAAGGUGGCCAAUUCCACGGCUUUUCAUGCGGCUUUGUAUGGUUCAUCUGAUUGGGAUAAUACUGAUUCUGGAAUCAGAGAGUGGAGGAGGAGGGGGUUUUCGUCUAAGAAGCUGUUGAUUGGGUUGCCUUAUCAUGGAUAUGCGUGGAAACUUGUGACUCCUGCUGCAAACAGUGGCGUGGGAACACCAGCUUCAGGACCUGCCAUUACAAUGGAUGGUUCCAUGGGUUACAAGUUCAUAAAGAGUUACAUCAAAAGCUUUGGAAAUGGAGUUGUUUCACGUUACAAUGCAAGUUUUGUGGUGAACCAGUUCACCGUUGCGUCCACCACUUGGGUUAAUUUUGAUGAUGUGGAAGUCAUCAGGGCCAAAGUUUCUUAUGCAAGGGAAAAUGGGCUACUUGGUUACAACGUGUUCCAAGUAGGCAAUGACGAAAAUUGGGAACUUUCAAUAGGGGCAGCUCAAGCUGUAGAUGAAGAAUUUGAAGAUCAUCACAAGAUGAGGUUGCUGAUAAUUGUUCUGCUUGCUACUCUGACUUUGGCCCUUCUGUUGGGAAUAGUAUUUUGCUACUACAACCCAGGGGCCGUAGCCACUGUUACCAAACUAUUGUAUAAACUGAGAUAUUUACCAGAAGCAGAAAAGGAUAUGGAUGCAAACGGCUCUGAUUUGACAGUAUUCAGCUAUCUCACUAUUAAAGCGGCAACAAAUAACUUCUCAAAAGAUAAUAGGCUUGGAGAGGGUGGAUUUGGCACAGUGUACAAGGGAAAAUUACGGAAGGGUCAGGAAAGAGCAGUGAAAAGACUCUCAGAAACCUCAAAUCAAGGCCCUGAAGAGUUCAAGAAUGAAAUCACACUUACAGCAAGACUACAGCAUGUGAAUUUAGUUAGACUUCUGGGAUACUGCACAAAAAGGGACGAGAAAAUUCUGAUCUAUGAAUACCUGCAAAACAAAAGCUUAGAUAAUUUCCUCUUUGAUCCAACGAAAUCAAUUCUUUUAGACUGGAACAAGCGUGUCAAUAUCAUUGAAGGCGUUACUCAAGGCCUUCUUUAUCUCCAAGAGUACUCAAAUUUUACUAUAAUCCACCGAGAUCUUAAAGCCAGUAAUGUUUUACUAGAUGACAAUAUGAAUCCAAAGAUAUCCGAUUUUGGCAUGGCUAGAAUUUUCAGAAAAUAUGACCUUGAAGCAAACACAGAAAGGAUAGUUGGAACAUAUGGGUAUGUACCUCCUGAGUACGUGAGAAAAGGCAUAUACUCAACGAAGUACGAUGUUUACAGUUUUGGAGUUCUUCUCUUGCAAAUCAUAAGUGGAAAGAGGACUUCAUGUUAUUAUGGCAUGGAUGAAGAUAUGACCCUUUUGGAAUAUGCAUAUGAACUGUGGAGGGAAGGAAGAGGUGUGGAGUUUGUUGAGCCUUCAUUGGAUGAUAGAGCAUCUCCUUGUAAAAUCAUGAGAUGCAUGCAGGUAGCUCUACUGUGUGUUCAGGAAAACUCUGUGGAUAGACCUUCCAUGUUGGAAGUUGAUUCACUGCUGAAGAAUGAAAGUGCAGUUAUUGGUACUCCCAAAGUUCCUGCCUUUUCAGUUCAGAAACGUGAAGAUGAGAAAGAAACAUCUCAUACCGGAGUCAAUUUUUAUUCAAUCAAUGAUGUUACAAUUUCUCAACUGGCACCAAGAUGAUGAAGCAGGACAUUCUAGUACUUACCAAACAAGUCAUUUUUAUUUCACUCUAACAUUAUAUUCCAACAUAGGUAUAAUUUUAAGAGUAAUGAUACAAAUACACCUUAAUUUUUGUAUACUUGUUUUUUUCUUUC